UUAUUUACAGUAAUGAUAAAUCAUUUCCGUUUUUUUUGAUGUGCAGUAAUUAAUUGUACAUUGGAUACUUUCUUGCACAUCAGACAACUGAAAUAUAUAACCGAAUUAUAAUAUUGACGAAGAGCGUCUUUUAUUUUGAAUUGAUACUUAUUCGUUACAGGAAGUAAAUUGGUGAUUUCCUCUUGGUGGUGUUUGGCCACUUUGCUGCAUAUGGAAGUUGCAUGUAACUUGCCUUGGCAUUUCAGUGGGUGAAAGUGAGAUUUGCAUAUAGUGCUUUGGAAUCAAAACUACAGUGUGCAAACGCGUAUGGCUUACCAAGCCGUACAUUUAACGUCUACUAAGAGAUCGGGGUCCGAAAGUGUAUGCGUUGAUAAAAAUAGUCGUUUGUCAAGUACGAAACUCCCAGCAAUUUUUGACAACCGGAAAUUUUUUAAAUGGCGAUAAGGUCAUCUCCUUCGGCAGACAACCUGUUUUGUCUUCUGUGCCAUGAUAUUUUAAAUGACCCUGUAGUUAUGAGUUGUAGCCAUGGCUUCUGCAGAGCCUGCUUGCAGAAUUACUGGGAGCACUAUAGUUGUCUUCGAUGUCCUCUAUGUAGGAGGAAGAUUUCUAGCUAUGUGCGCCUAUAUCCCAUAGAACAUCUUGCUUACAGUCUGGGUUCGAAGAAACAAGAUACCCAAAACAGAAAUGAUAAACGAAAUGAAGAUGUAGAGCACAAGGUUUGUGUAAUUAUAAUGUAGUUUGAAAACUCGACAUAAGGCGACAUAAGGAUUAGUGAAACUGGCCACAGUGGGAUUGAAGAAGGUAGUGUUUGGGUCACAGCAUCUACAGGGUGAAGACAUGGAAAAGACAACACAGAAGUCACAGAGAAAGCCAAAUGUUCAGGUGAAGGUUGAGCAGCUUGAGGAAGAGAUAUUUCCACCACUUUAUGUGAAUGGAGAAAUAAAACAAGAGGUUAAGACAGAAGAAAUUUCAGCUUUUCAGGAGAUCGAGAACACAUGGAGGAGAUCCUGUAGAAGAGCAGAAAAGAAAAUUGACUGUGACAGCCGUACACCCUCCACGGCACAGUCUGAUACAUUCUGUGGUCAGAAACGGAUUCAGUCCGGAAAGGACUUGCCUCUUAGUCAAACACUGUCUAUUGCUGAAAAUCUAGUUUGCAGUCACAAAACCUUGAUAAUCCCUCUUACCCGGACUCCUGAUAUCAGUUCUCUUAACUUGCCUCAGACUGCUGUCACUGUGUUGAAUAUGCAUCUGUGCUCCCAGUGUGGAAAGGGCUUCAAAGACCAAAGUGACCUGAAAGUGCACCAGAGAACGCACUUGCUGAAGAAGCCGUACCACUGUGCUGUGUGUGGGAAGGUGUAUGUCAGCAAACAUGAACUGUCACUGCACCAGCGACUUCACACGGGUGAACGGCUGUGGCCCUGCUCCUCCUGUCUGAAGAAAUUUACCCGAAAGAGUGCCCUGGAGCUACACGUGCGAAGCCACACGGGCGAGAAGCCACACCACUGUUCCCUCUGCGGGAAGAACUUCAGCAGAAGAAGUUCCCUCAAACUACACCAGGAGCGGCACGCAGGGUGGAAACCUUACAUCUGUUCCACAUGUGGGAAAGGUUUUGUAACCUCAGCAUCCCUAAGAAUACAUUGGGUUGUCCACAGAGAAGAUAAACCCCAUCGAUGCACCCAGUGUGAGAAGACCUUCAGCAGAGAAAAGGAUCUUGAGACGCACCAGCUGAUGCAUUCUGGAGAACGCCCGUAUCCCUGCUCUCACUGUCCCAAGAGGUUUAUUAGGAAAAAUGAGCUAAAGUUGCACGAACGCAUUCACACAGGAGAGAGACCUUACCAGUGUUUGGAAUGCAAGAAGACAUUCGGUCGCAUUGCACACCUGAGGUCGCAUCAGCUCACGCAUACGGGGGAACGACGACACAAAUGUUCCCAGUGCGACAAGCGUUUCAGUCAGCGCAACAGUCUGAAGAUUCACGAACGCACCCACACGGGGGAAAAACCCUACUGCUGUACCGAAUGCCAGAAGAGAUUCGGCACCUCUGGAGAUCUGCUGAAGCACCUGAGGAUUCACACCGGCGAGAAAUCGUACAAGUGCCGUCAGUGUGGCAAGAGCUUCCGGCACUCGGCCACGCUGAAGGUUCACCAGGUUGUCCACACUGGAGAAAAGCCGUUCAGCUGUUCGCAGUGUGGGAAGUGCUUUGGCCGGGAACAGGGCCUCAAAAUGCACCAGAGAACACACACUAAGGAGCGGCCAUAUGACUGCGCGCAGUGUGGCAAGUCUUUCGGUACUUCAAGCACCUUAAAAUCCCAUAAAUAUAUUCAUGCAGUGGGAGGGCCGUAUCACUGCUCCCAGUGUGGGAAGAGCUUCAGCAGAAGCGACACUUUUAAAAUACACCAGCAGAUUCAUUCGGGCGCUAAGUCCUACAAGUGUUUGCAGUGCGGAAAGUGUCUUAGCACAGCCAGCAGCCUAAAAGUGCAUCAGCAAAGCCACGUCGAAAAAAGACAGUUCAGCUGCCCGCAGUGUGGCAAGAGCUUCAGCUCCGCCUGGUACCUGAAACAACACGAGCGAACUCACACAGGUGAGAAGCCCUACCUCUGCUCAAGCUGCGGGGAGAGUUUUUAUAACUCCAGCAGCCUAUUAACGCAUCAGAUGAAUCAUACCGGGGAGCGACCGUACGGAUGCAGCAGCUGUGGGAAGUUGUUUAGCCACCCGAUGCACCUCAGGAGGCACGAGAAGCUUCACACCGGCGAAAGGCCGCACCAGUGCUCUGAAUGCGGGAGGAGAUUCGGCAGAAAAGACCAGCUGACCUCACAUAAGCGGACCCACAAAGCCAAGGAGAGAUAAAUCAGUUUGCGGCAAUCCGAUUUGAUUGAGACAGGACGGGUCGUUGAGACAAUCUACCAACCAGAUCUAUUUUUGAUGCUCUCUAAUUUGUAAACAUAGGUCUAUUUUUGUUACGGCAUAAAAUAUGCAAGUUAGAUGUGGAUAUUUCCCUGUGGGCAAUCAUGGAUUUUUGUGUUUUUUUUUUCCUUAAAAAAAAAAAGUAAUCUUGCAAAAUCAAAGUUUUGUUGACAAUAACUGUCUCCACCUGUAAGUGGAUUUGUGUUUAGCACAGGGGUGUUAAUGUCCCCCCCCGAUUAAAAAAUAAAGGUGAAAAUGGCGCAGUA